GUUAAUUAAUGUAAUAAAGUUUUCAUAAAUAAUCAAAUAAAAUUAAAAUAUUUAUCUUUUAUCCUAAGCACCCAAGAUAAGAAUUCAUCACUGUAAAGAGACACCACCAAAUUUUCGAACUUUCACCGGAAAAAAUGUCGAUUUUCUCUGUCCUCCAAAUUUUCUCUUUCCUCUUUCUGCUUCUCUCUCCACACACCCUCUCCUUCCCGUUUCCCCGACCCAAACCCAAAAUCCAUGGACCCAUUAAAACCAUUGUGAUUUUAGUCAUGGAAAAUCGCUCAUUUGAUCAUGUUUUAGGGUGGCUCAAAUCGAGCCGACCCGAAAUCGACGGUUUAACCGGUAAAGAAUUUAACUUCCUUAAUUCGUCAGACCCAAACUCUCCCAAAGUCCAUGUCUCAAAUGAUGCGGUUUUUAUCGACUCGGAUCCGGGUCACUCAAUUCAAGCAAUAAAAGAACAGAUAUUCGGGUCCGGUCAUGUAAUUGACCCGGCGCCCAUGAAUGGGUUUGCUCAACAAGCUAAUUCUAUGUCUACCCAUAUGCCCAAAAAUGUGAUGAGUGGGUUUAAACCCGAGUUAGUCCCGAUUUAUACUGAGUUAGCCAACGAGUUUGCUGUGUUUGAUCGGUGGUUUGCCUCAGUUCCAGCGUCAACUCAGCCAAAUCGUUUUUAUGUUCAUUCUGCUACUUCACACGGUGCUUCAAGUAAUGUAAGAAAGGAUCUUAUUCAUGGGUUUCCACAAAAAACAAUCUUUGACUCACUUGAUGAAAGUGGGUUGAGUUUUGGGAUAUAUUACCAAAAUAUCCCUGCAACUAUGUUUUUCAAGAGUUUAAGGAGAUUAAAACAUAUAAUUAAGUUUCAUAGCUAUAGUUUAAUGUUUAAAUUACAUGCUAAAUUAGGAACAUUACCUAAUUAUGUUGUGAUUGAACAAAGAUACUUUGAUAAAAACCUUUUUCCUGCUAAUGAUGAUCACCCAUCCCAUGAUGUGGUAGUAGGACAAAGAUUUGUUAAGGAAGUGUAUGAAACACUAAGAGCUAGUCCACAGUGGAAAGAAAUGGCUUUAUUGAUAACUUAUGAUGAACAUGGUGGGUUUUAUGAUCAUGUUCCAACUCCUGUUACUGGUGUUCCUAACCCUGAUGGGAUCAUUGGGCCUGACCCGUUUUAUUUUCGGUUUGAUCGGUUGGGUGUUCGGGUUCCCACUUUGCUUAUUUCCCCUUGGAUUGACAAAGGAACUGUGAUCCAGAGACCAGAUGGACCCACUCCCACCUCAGAAUUCGAGCAUUCCUCCAUUCCUGCCACAGUGAAGAGACUAUUUAACUUAAAAUCGAACUUCCUUACGAAACGAGAUGCCUGGGCUGGAAGCUUUGAGAAGUACUUCUACUUGCGUGAGACUCCACGUGAAGACUGUCCAGAGAAACUGCCGGAGGUGAAGAGAUCAUUAAGGCCAUUUGGAGCAAGAGAAGAUGCUAAACUUUCAGAAUUUCAAAUAGAACUGAUACAACUUGCGUCUCAACUUAAUGGCGACCAUGUCCUAAAUAGUUACCCAGAUAUUGGGAGAAACAUGACAGUGUCUGAAGCAAGUGACUAUGCAGAAGAUGCAGUAAAUCGAUUUAUAGAAGCUGGGAAAGCAGCAAUUAGAGCUGGAGCUGAUGAAUCAGCUAUUGUGACGAUGAGACCAUCUCUAACAAGUCGGGCUUCCGGUGGUAGGCACACCAGCUAUAUAUAAAUCCACUUUUCCCUCUAAGUUAGUAUGCAGCCAUUGUUAAGAUCUGAAACAGAAAAAACAGAAGUAUUAAAUACGAAAACUUAAUUGAAGAUUAGUACACUGUAAAUACUACAAUAUAUAGGAAUUGCUCUUAUAUCCAUCAACAAUGGGGUUCAUCUUGUGCGGUGCUGGAAUCUGGAUGGUGGUUGUAUUUAUACCAUCUCCCCAUCUCUGGAAAUAUUUGUCUGUUGUAUUAUAAUUGUUAUGAAUGGAAUGUGUGACUUGAGUGCACAAAUUAAAGUGUGUAUUCAUGUGUGUGACUCUUGGUUUGUGGAAUGCAAAUGAGUGUAAUUAUGUGGAGAGUA